CGGGCCCCCAGAACAAUGCUGCAUAGAUGUCUGAGGGGCUGGUGUCACCCGGCCGCACCACCAGAGAUCUGAGAACGGCCUUGGCUUCCUGUCUAAGCACUGAUACAGAGUCAGAGGAGUGUCUGGCAGGGAUCUUGCCGCAGUCUCCGCAAAACAACAAAAACACCACUGUUUAGCACUAGCUCCUUACAUGACACAGUAGUCCACCACCACCAUCUGCUCCGUCUAAUAAACCAGGAAUUGGAUCAACACAUUCUUUCAAUGGACUGAGAAAAUGAAGCCGCGUUACGACAGGGUUUUCCCUCUCCGCUCCAACAAGGAACACAGGCAACAUUUGAAGUUCCUCUCGUUCCUGAGGGAUUAGGCUAGUUGUACGAGUCAAAGUGUCUUUUAACUCUUGAUAAAGUCUCCAGUCGAGGACACAUUUAUUUCCUGCUGCCCAGUUGGCAAGGCCAAGCCUGUGAUGAUCACGCUUGCGAAACCGACAAUCAACAGAUAUUUGAUGUCAUGGCGCCCGACCUACCGAAGCUCCAAGUUUCGAAACGUCUACGGCAAGGUGGCCAACCGGGAACACUGCUUUGAUGGUAUCCCCAUCACCAAGAACGUCCACGACAACCACUUCUGCGCCGUCAACUCCAAGUUCCUGGCCAUCGUGACCGAGAGCUCCGGAGGUGGUUCCUUCAUCGUUGUGCCCGUAUCCCAGUAUGGCCGAAUAGACCCUCGCCACCCUAAAGUUUGUGGUCACCAAGGUAACGUGUUGGAUAUCAAGUGGAAUCCGUUUUUUGAAAACAUUAUCGCCUCAUGUUCUGAAGACACAUCGGUGCGAAUAUGGGAGAUUCCGCAGGAGGGCCUGCGGCGGAACAUGACCGAGGCGGUGCUGGAGCUGUACGGUCACAGCCGGCGCGUGGGCCUGGUUGAGUGGCACCCCACCAGCAGCGGCAUCCUCUUCAGCGCCGGCUACGACUACAAGGUGCUGAUCUGGAACUUGGAGGUCGGGGAAGCGGUGAAGAUGAUCGACUGCCACACAGACGUGAUCCUCAGCAUGUCCUUUAACACGGACGGCAGCCUGAUGGCCACCAGCUGUAAGGAUAAGAUACUACGGCUGAUGGAGCCGCGCUCUGGCAGAGUCCUGCAGCAAGCCAACUGUAAGAACCACAGAGUGAAUCGUGUGGUGUUCCUGGGGAACAUGAAGCGGCUGGUAACCACAGGAGUGUCACGCUGGAACACCCGACAGAUCGCCCUCUGGGACCAGGAGGACCUGUCGAUGCCGAUGGUGGAGGAGGAAAUAGAUGGUCUCUCAGGACUACUGUUCCCGUUCUACGAUGCAGACACACACAUGCUAUACCUGGCCGGCAAGGGAGACGGCAACAUCCGUUACUUUGAGAUCACCACGGAGAAGCCCUACCUCCAGUACCUGAUGGAGUACCGCUCCCCGGCCCCACAGAAGGGACUCGGUGUGAUGCCAAAGCAUGGUCUGGAUGUGGCAGCAUGCGAGGUGUUCCGCUUCUAUAAGCUGGUGACCCUCAAGGGCUUGAUUGAGCCCAUCUCUAUGAUCGUGCCGAGGAGAUCGGACACAUACCAGGAGGACAUCUACCCUAUGACCCCAGGAAUUCAACCCGCGCUAACGGCCAGCGAAUGGAUCAGUGGCAUCAACAGAGACCCAGUUCUGAUGUCCUUGAAGGAGGGGUACCAGAGGUCAGACCAGCUGGUGUUCAUAGCCCCCGCAAAGGCGAAGAAGAGCGUGGUGGUGAAUGGAAUUGACCUCUUAGAAAACGUACCACCCAGGACCGAGAACGAGCUCCUGCGGAUGUUCUUCAGGCAGCAGGAGGAGCUGCGGCGACUAAAGGAGGAGCUGGCCACUAAGGACGUGAGGAUACGGCAGCUGGAACUGGAGCUAAACAACCUGAAGAACGUUAGCCCAAACAAUGUCUGACCUCUGACCCCCCCCCCCCCUAUUCCCCCUCCGGACUGACCAUUCAGAUCCUUAUGCUACCCAAUCAAGCCUCUUUUAAGCCACUACCCCUGUCCCCCCCUUCCAGGCCCACUGUGAGCAUCUUGUGACUGACUAACUUAACCUCUGCUCUGGUCUGGGUGGCGCAACAAAAUUCAUGUAAUCACUGCAAUCAUGUUAAAUAAUCAACCGUUUCAUGGGUUGUCACCUUAUGAUUCCCUAUGCUUUUUUAUUUCAUCCAGACAAUACUUUGACUUUUAAGGAAGUUGCUACAAGUCAAUAACACACAAAAACAAACAAACAAAAAAAACAAACAGGCACAUAUUCACAUAUACUUACACACACACACACACACACACACACACACACACACACACACACACACACACACACACACACACACACACACACACACACACACACACACACACACACACACACACACACACACACACACACACACACACACACACACACACACACACACACACACACACACUCCUCCCUCCAAUCUGUCUCCAUUUGCUUGCGAAAAAGCGAAAAACAACAAUCAGGGAAAAGGACUGUUUCUCCUGUUGCGUGUUUCCUUCUUCCCCAAGGCCUUAGAUCUCUGGAUCACAGCAAGUUGCAGCCACACCUGUGUCUAUAAAUGACAGCAAAUUAAGAUAGUUUGCUUGUGUCAGAUGUUGGCGGGCUCUGAACAUUUUCAGACAGAAGGAACCUAGAUGUUUGUAUGAACUUUCCUCUCCUACAACUGUAUGAAGCAAAUAUUUUCUGGUGUAUAGUUACUAGCGGUCUGAAGCAUUGUUUGUCCAACCAUUGCUUUUUUAGGGAUGCCUUUAGUGUGUGUGGGGGUUAAUGCUUAUAUUUUGAUAUUGCUUUUAUUUAUUUGUCACUUUUUACCCUUUUCUGCUAAUAACACACAGUAUGGCUUUGAGGGGAGUGUUGUAUGUCAUGGUGGGACCGAUGUUGAUUGCGUUACUCAAUUGGGAUCUGAGGCGUUAUCUAGAAUAUCAAGCUGCCUCUUUACUGCUUCAAAAUAACGCUGCAAUGAGUGUGUUCGUCUAAGGUUACCAGGACAGUACAUGUAUGUUUUUGAUGAAGAAAGCACACGACUGCUGUUUGGAUGGGUUUGAGUAUUCACCACCGAUAUCUGGAGAACUUCCCUCAGACUGAACUAAUGCGACUCUGACAUUUUUUUCAUCCUCAUACCUUCCUCUUCACGUCAGUGUUUUCCUUUACAUGAGGUUCAGAAAAGUUGUGAGAUUGAGAGAUUACAAGUUGAAAAGAAAGUGAUUGUGUUACUGUACGUGCAGCACAUAAACUGCCACUCAAGAGUGUCGAAUCUAAGAUGAAAUCAGACUGCUGACAUCGCUAUUCCAAAUAUACCCAAAACCUUUCAUAUAGGGAUUGUGUCUGUUGGCGUUUCUUUGUGUUUCUAUGCAAAAUGGCAAGAUUCAAUGUUCUAAUUUCACAAAAAGAUUAUCUCCCACAGUAGCUCAAACUGCAUUAUCUCUAACAGGAUUUAUUUUUAAAAGCAACCACAAUAAAUGAACUUGGAUAUGGUGUAGAAUGAGUGUUUAAUGGACCUAAUUUUCUUACACCCUCGAAAUUCUAUAAUGCAUCAAGCUGAAUGAAGACAUUCAUUUUGAUUUUAUGAACACUAAAAGUAAUUUCCAUUGGAAUUGCAGUUUUCCCUAUUCCUCACAUUCAUGCCAUCUGCGUGUCACAAACAAUAGACCAACAUUGAACAUUGCUCUUUAUGUAAAGAUUAUGCAUACAAAGUAUGUUCAAGUCCAAUAAGUAUUACACUGCACAUUUUAGAUAAAGCCGCAAACACAAGUUUAUAUUUUUAUUACAAUUUGUUGUUUAACUCAUUGUACUUAAUGUCAGCCAACAUCAAAGAGAAUACAAAAAAAUAGAUUUUGGUCAUUAUUUACAAGAACACGUAACUUCCGAACUAUCAAAGCUGGGUGGUCCAGGAGAUUGGAGCAUCUGAGACAAAGGUAGAUCUUUACUUGCUAUAAUUUAGAAAUGGGACCUGGAAUAGUCACACUGUGCAUGUUCAGACGAAGUUUUCCACACCACAACAACAGUAUUGGCAUACUUGGGACACCACAAACAUAUAACUUACUUAUAAAAUGUACAAUACAAAGAAUAAAAUAAGAUUAAGACGAGGAAAGAAAAGGACAGACGUACAUGAGUUCCAGUGGUUGAGUUUUCAGACAUGCACCUUUUCUCUAUGUAAGGGAUGGUUCCAUUUUAAAAUAUGCAAUUUAUCAGAAGAAAAAUUCCUACACAAACAGGGAUAAUUAUUAAAAAAUGUCAUAUUAGGUGUCGUUACAAAAUCGUAUCGCCAUAAAGGAGCUUAAAAUCCACAAUUAAGAUCAGAGAAUCAGAAACUCUGACUCAUAUACUUAAAAUUAAGUUAUUAACCCUAACCCAACCCUCUCACACACACACACCUGACUGGCCAGUGGCCACUAACAUGAAGUACUCAAAUAAACUCAAAAAGAUAGUACAAAUGGGACUGGGAAGUGAGAAGGAGGGGAAGUUAAACAGUCGGUACACAAAGUGAAAGCAAUCCUCAAUCGUCUUCCUCUUCCUCUUCUUCAUCAAGUUCCCUUUUUCUCUUCUGGCCUUGCUC